AUGCCUGAUACGUUCACGUGUAUAACAUGCCAGGUGCUCUUUAAAUCUGCUGAAUUUCAACGAGAGCAUUACAAGUUGGAUUGGCAUAGAUACAAUUUGAAGAGAAAAGUUGCUGGCAUCCCUCCUGUGACGUUGGAGGAGUUUGAACAACGUGCUAAGGAACACAGAGAAGCUGAAAAUGAAAACACAGACGAAUCGGUUUACUGUAAAUGCUGCUCAAAGCUGUUCAACACAAAGAAUGCUUACAAUAACCAUUUGAACAGCAAAAAGCACAAAUUAGCUGAACAGAAAAUCCACCAAGAAUCUGAAAAGAAAGAUGAGGAGAGUAGUUCAGAUUCUAACAGUUUUGAAAAGAUAGAAAGUAGGCCUCCCCUGAAGCAGGAGAAAUUUGUUGUUGUCAAAGGUGAUGUUGAUAGUGAUGAUGAGGAUAUUGAAACAGAUUCAGAAAUUGAAGAGCUUGACUCCGAUGAAUGGGAUGAAUUUAGAGUUAAGGGUAGUGAUUCCCUAAUAAAACCCCAGGAUUGCUUAUUCUGUGGUCAUCAUAGUAAAAGUAUGGUGAAAAAUUUGAAACACAUGUCUGUUGCACAUUCCUUCUUCAUCCCAGACGUUGAAUACUGUGUUGAUCUAAAAGGCCUAUUAUUAUACUUAGGGGAAAAGAUUUCACAAGGAUUUAUGUGCUUAUGGUGCAAUGAAGCUGGUAGGACAUUCUACUCUAUGGACGCUGCACAGGCUCACAUGGUCGAUAAAGGGCAUUGUAAGAUGCUACAUGAAGGACUUGCGUUAGCAGAGUAUUCAGAUUAUUAUGACUAUAGUACCUCAUAUCCAGACCAUGAAGCAGGGGAUGAAAACAUGGAAGUAGACGAAUCAGCAGAAGAACCAACUACUUUAGACGCGGAUAAUUACCAACUAGUGUUGCCGUCUGGUGCUGUUAUCGGUCAUAGAUCAUUAAUGAGAUAUUACAAACAACAUCUGCCUGCCAGUACUGAAGUGGUUGUUAAAAAGUCGUCUCGUAAACUGCAUCACUUGCUCGGAGUAUAUCGAGCACUUGGCUGGGCUCCUAAGGAACAAGCUGCAGCUGCCAAGAAUGCUCGUGAUGUACACUUCAUGAAACGAGUUCAGGCCAAGUGGCAAAUGAAGAUGUCUAUGAAGAACAACAAAUUCCAAAAACAUUACCGUCCCCAAGUUAACUUCUAG